AUGACGCGUUAUGGAUUCAGUCAACGUCACCGUGCUCGCAAGGAAGCUCGCACAUUGUCCAACCCUCAUAGCCCAAGCGAAUUACCGUCACCAUGGUGGGCUCCUCUCGUGAAGUUGAGACGUCUGAAAUUAAGCAACGAAACGAAUGUGCCGAAUGAGUCUUUUGGCGCCAAUGAAGUUGGAGGGCAAGAGAGAGUUACGACAGACGCUCAAAACUUGCCGUCGAUGAUUAGCAGCACUCAAAACAAUGGCUUAGCGUCCGACGACAAUAAUAACAGGCUUUGUCGCUCUGUAUCGCCAGCAAGCCCGAAGACGGUAAAUGAUCCACUCGAAGCGGAAAACACUAGAUAUUCGAAUGUUAUCUUAGCAGGAGACAAUACAGCAAAGCCAAAGUGUGAUAAAGAUGGUCAGAAAAGUUCAAAAACAAUCACAAAUCCAGUGAAGCAUGCAAAGACUACGGUUCGAGGCGGAGGAAAUGCUACAGACAAAACCAGCGGAGCCGAUGAAAAUCGCCUUGAAUCGUUUCCUCUUCGGUUAAGAACGACAUUAGAAAGUGUAGUUAGAAAGGAAGAGCUCACAUCCGGUCGGCUCACUAAAACCUGGGUGACUCGUUUCAAAGAUUCUCAAAAGCCAAUCAACCCUCAUCGAAGACGAAAAUACAACACAAAAUCUCCUAAAAGUAGCAUUAGAAAGCGUGUCUUGAGAAGAUUAGAAUACAAAAACCUUGGGAUAGAACUUUCGUAUUCGGAGGUGAGGAGAGCAGAUUGGAAGCCACGAGAUCAUAUGGCAGUAGAUUCGAGAAUCGCUAAUACGAGGAAGCCUAAGCCGGGUUGCUCUAACCUGCGUUAUUGUUUGACGUAUCUGAAGCAGGUUCAAGAUACAGUAUCUGACCUUGGAAGUUCGUGGGCGCGUGAUCAUAGGCAGUGGUUUUCUCGUUGGGGUACAGUACGCGCUGCAGCUUUGUGUCUCGGUGUUUGA